UAAUACUUUAAGUCUUUUAGACCAAAGGAAGCCCGCCUCUCCGUGGCAAAGCCGUUAUUGGAUAGAACGACUGUCAAUCAGCAGGAACUCUAUGUGAGUGGCUGUCGGUUGCUCACUGAGGAAGGCAGGGCGGUGGGGCGUGGCUUGAGCCCCUCCAGGCGAAGGAAGCGCGUGGGUUACCGUCUCUGCGGUAAUAUCUGACGGUACUCCGUACUAAGUGGAGUAGAAAAUAAAAGGGACGUCUCCUCUUCUCCCUCCCUGCCCAGCAGGCGUAAUGGCAGAAACCGCAGUGACUGGUGCCAGCGGGGAGGCCGUGGCGGCGGUGGCGGUGGCGGCGGCGGCGGUGGAAGGCUCCGCGGGAGCCGCGGGCUGGUCUUUGGGUCGCGGCUUCUCGAGCUACCGGCCCUUCGAGCCCCAGGCGCUGGGCCUCAGCCCCAGCUGGCGGCUGACCGGCUUCUCAGGCAUGAAAGGCUGAGGCUGCAAGGUCCCCCAGGAGACGCUGCUCAAACUCCUGGCGGGACUGACGCGGCCGGACGUGCGGGCCCCGCCGGGCCAGGGACUGGUCGGAGGCCAGGACGAGGCGGCCCAGGAGGCCGGCCUGCCGGUCAUGGCGGAAUCCAGCCCAAGUUUUCCAGCCCUGGGCAUUGGCUUGGACUCCUGCGUCAUACCCCUGAGGCACGGAGGCCUGUCGCUGGUGCAAACCACGGACUUCUUUUACCCCUUGGUGGAAGAUCCCUACAUGAUGGGACGCAUAGCUUGUGCCAAUGUGCUGAGUGACCUCUAUGCCAUGGGCAUCACCGAGUGUGACAACAUGUUGAUGUUACUCAGCGUCAGCCAGAAUAUGUCUGAAGAGGAACGUGAAAAGAUAACCCCACUCAUGAUCAAAGGCUUUCGCGAUGCUGCCGAGGAAGGAGGGACUGCAGUGACUGGUGGACAAACUGUGGUAAACCCUUGGAUUAUCGUGGGUGGGGUUGCCACUGUGGUGUGUCAGCCAAAUGAAUUCAUAAUGCCUGACAGUGCAGUUGUUGGGGAUGUGCUGGUGUUAACCAAACCCUUAGGCACCCAAGUUGCUGUCAAUGCCCACCAAUGGCUGGACAAUCCUGAAAGGUGGAAUAAGAUAAAGAUGGUGGUGUCCAAAGAAGAGGUAGAGCUGGCCUAUCAGGAAGCCAUGUUCAACAUGGCUACCCUAAACAGAACUGCUGCUGGGUUAAUGCACACAUUUAAUGCCCAUGCCGCCACGGAUAUCACAGGCUUUGGUAUUCUGGGACACUCUCAGAACCUUGCAAAACAACAGAGAAAUGAGGUUUCCUUUGUCAUUCAUAAUCUGCCAAUCAUUGCCAAGAUGGCUGCCAUCAGCAAGGCCAGUGGGCGCUUUGGGCUCCUUCAGGGAACCUCAGCAGAAACUUCUGGGGGAUUGCUGAUUUGCUUGCCAAGGGAACAGGCUGCUCGCUUUUGUUCUGAAAUCAAAUCUUCCAAGUAUGGGGAGGGUCACCAAGCAUGGAUCGUGGGCAUUGUGGAAAAGGGAAACCGGACGGCCAGGAUCAUUGACAAGCCUCGGGUUAUUGAGGUCCUACCUCGUGGGACCACUGCCGCGGCUCUUGCCCACGACAAUUCCAGUGCCUCUUCUGAGCCGAGCUUGUGAGAUGGAGUAGCAGAAGUUGUUUGGACCUUGGAGCCUUUGUACGCAAUCAUGGAUGAUUCUCAAGAGUUGAUUUUAAGAACAAAUUUCCAGAGGCGGCUGCCCGAAUAUCAGUUGCACAGUUGCCCUCUCUAGGUGAUUUCAAUCAGCCGGGCACAAACUGCACAUUCCAGGGCCAAAAGUAACAUUUUAGACUUCGGUGGGGAGGUUUGUUCAAUUUCUGCUUGGAAGAGGAGCAGAAAAACCUGUUUCCUCUUUCCAAGAGCAAAAGGAGGUUAUUCCAGUUUGAGGGAAGUGCCAGGGGGAAAA